CAAUUUAUAAUUCGCUAUAAUUGGCAACAUUGAUUGAUAUUUGUCAAAAUAAUUCAGUCAAACAAACGAACAUGGAUUCUCUGGCUGCAAAGCCUGAGAAAUUGAACGCGUUUAGUAGAUAUGCAUACGAUAAAACAAUAUCGAAUACCCCCAGAAACAUGUCAGCACACAGUAGUAAUAUUGUUCAUAAGUUAUUUAAUAGAGAGACAUUUGGUGGUACAUCUAGAAAAAGCAAUGAUCGAGGUCGCAAAGUAUUUGAGCGCAUCCCACCACGGCUGCGAUUCUGCCUCAUGGAUAUUGUGCCGAUGUCCUACCUCAGGGAACAGGUGUUCAUGGGCUUCUCCCAGUGCGGGCAGUUCCUGCUCAGCUUCACCUACAGCUGUAACACACAGAUGUACUUCAGAGAAAGUUCGAAGUUCACGCUCCACUUUCUAUCAUGGGUGCCGGGCCGCGUCGUGCGUCCAGUGCAUAGCGUGCCGUUGUUCGGCGACGACUGCGUAGACAGUAAGAUUGUCAUAUCCAUGGCGCAAUGGAAGCAUAACCCUGGCGUAUUAGUCGUGUAUGGUAUUGCUGAUUCCUGUUCAGAACGAUCCCACCUCAGCGUUAUAGGAGUACCUUGUUUAGGAUGUAGAAAAUGUGCAGCUUUACCUAAAGAUGAAGAUGAUAUUUAUAAUAAUUUUGGCAAAAGAUGCCUCGAACACAACUUCGCGAUUCACACAAAAUUCUUCUGCACCUCCGACAGUAGUAUGUACGAACCCGUGGUACAGCUAGCUUACUCAAAUCAAAUCAUAAUAUACACAGAUUUCAUUCACAUACUCGAGAUAGAUUUUGUGAAACCAGACCACGAGAAAAACGAAAGGGAAGCGGAGGAUACAAAGAAUUAUUUAGAUAGAGAAGAAGUUAGCUCAAUAGAUACGAACCCUAGCACUCCCGCUUCCGACGUUUCAGCGCCUUUUCAAUCACCUAAGUACCAGAACAAUGUCGUCCAGAAUAUUUUGGCGGAUUUCUCAGAUUUAGAAAUGGAACCGUACCAAAUGUCUAAGCCUGUGCGCUUGCCUGAUGUUAUGGGACAAGAAUUGUGUAUCCAGGCAUCCUCAAUCUCACACAACUUAGUAGAGGAGUGGGAGGGCCCAUCUCCUUCAAUCAGAACGUUGAUAAGUCCCCCUCUACGGUCCCCGAGGCGACGGCCUGCGGAAAGCAUGUCGAGGUUCAACGAAACACAUAGGACUAUCGCUGAGAAAGCGUAUGAAUUUGUAGAAGAAGCGGAAACGAAAUGCGAGAAACUCAGCAUGUUUAGAAAACGAAGAUUGGCUGACAAGAAGUACGAAUUUUCAGAGGACAACAAUGAGAAUAUUGUCCCCUUUAGGGUGUUGAGGAGUAAUAGGAAAUAUUUUAUAGGUUCGACGAGUAAAAGCCAGGCUAAGCGUGCUAAGUCUCCCUCCGUUGAAAGUGUGGUUCUAAGAGCUCACAAUCAGAUAAGUAGACCGGCUUCUCCAACCAGUAGUUCAGAUCUGAAGAACCCUAGCCUUUCGUCUUUAGAGUCGGACCACAACAGCGAAGCCGAGUACAGAAUAACGGAAAUGUUGGACGACGGAUCUCUGAAAACUGUAGCUGUUCACGACAAUACCUCUAAGACCCUCUCCGAUAUUCCUGUAAAUGCUAAGGACCCGUAUUUGGUUCACUCCGGGAACUCCAAAUGUAGUAAAUUCUUCACAAGGUACUUCGUGGAAAGUGACGAUGAGAUAACCUCUAUCGUGACCGAUUCCGAAGAUGACUGCAUCUCAGGCUACCACGUGGCUUUGCCCCUAUCAGCCCAAGGGGCUGGUUACGCCGGCCUGCAGGGCGUGGGCGCCGGCGCGUGGGAGCGCCUGUGCGCGGCGUCUCCGCCCCCACCGCCCUUAACUCUACGAGCACAUCAACGAUCGUUGGAUACAGAGUUACUUUGUAAUGAAGUCUGUGGUCGGUUGUGCAAUUUGAAUAAGAAGAAGUUCAUAUACUGCUUCGAUUGGGGUUGCCAUGUUAUUGAUGUUUGUCAGUCGAGUGGGUGUUUGUCUGGGUUAUGUGCGAUGUGGAUGUGGGCGAGCGAUGAGAAUGACGACACGGCGGAAUGCGAAGCUUGCAAGGACGUCAGUGCCGGCUGUCUCCUGCAUAGACAACAGUAUGCUGCCGAGUGUUUAUUCGUGUGGGACCUUGUGAGCGGAGUGUACCGAACUGAAAGAGUUUCCAUGACAGAAGACUCAAGCCAAGAGGGUAGCCGAGUUCCAGGUGCCGACAGGGCUAGGGAAUUAGCCAAAAAGCUAGGCCCAAUCAAUAUGCCGCCCGGCAAUGAGACGAGAUUAUUAACCACGUUGACAGGUAAUGUAAUAGGGCGAUCGCUAAAAAGACUGACAGAUGUGGACAACUGCAUCGAAAUCACAAAGAAUCAUCCUGACAGCUCAGAAUCAGAAUCGUCAGAGGAAGACAGCGAUUACGACUGAAUGUUCCAGAAGCUUCUAUCACGCGGUAAUAUAAACCUCUUUGGAGUGAAAAAUGAGGUUGAGACACGGAGUAGUAAACUCUUGGAGUGCUAAGCUAGCAAUCUGAUGUAUGUGUAAAAAUUGCAAUAACUCUAACCUAUUUAACAUGAAAAUAUGUAAUUAAAUGCCAUGAAUUCCAAAAUAGUUUUAUUUAUGUAGUGAUUAAAUCACGUAAGUUAAAUAUGCUUUUUUGGUAUUGUGCAUUGUAGCAUAGCACUCCAUUGAUUACUUACUCUGUGAACAUUUGUCACAAAAGUGAACAACGAAGGAAAGUGUGUGAAGCACUUUUUGUAUAAAUAUUGUCUCCUUAGGAGUGUUUGAAGACAGGUUCGUAGAAAUAGAUCGUUUAAAUGUGUUCCGUACGUUUCUACCUACAUUUUUAAUACCUUCGUGUAAAAAUAUUCCUCCCCCAUUUUUUUUAAUGUGUAUCUUCCCCAAAUUGUUACGGGCAGGCAGCAGUUUCUUAAAAAAAAAAAUUUUUUACUACAUUUAUUUAUUUAAAGCGGGUAAUUUUUGAUAGCGCAUCAAAAAUUAACCGCAAAAAAUUAGCAUCAGAAAUGAGACAUCUCCAUGGUUACACAAUUUUUAACUAUAUGUAUAUAAUAGCCUGCCAGUAUUAAAGUGCAGCUCUUCUUACCAAAAUUUUAAGUUUCAAAUCACUAUGUUUUACAAUAGAACAUAUUUUGCAAAAAGUUGAUAACUUUUGGAAUACUUUGUAAAUAAAAUGCUCGCAAUAUUAACAUUAGAUAUUUCUCAAUCGAAUGAAUAACUUUGAUACACUGAAUCAGUCUUAAACAUGUUGAAAAUAAAAUAAAUCAUUUUGUAUAUUUUCGUAUGAAACUUUACUUAAAUUUUUGUCUACAUGCAGUAAUCGAUUCUUGUUAUGAAAUUGUCGUUAAUCAAAUGUUAAAAUUAUAAUAGUCACAUAUACAAUGGUAGAUCUGUGUGGAAUUAAUUGAACAUAUAUUACCCGCUUUUAUUGUUAAGCGUUGAAUCACAUACUUUAUACAAUGGAAUCAUUGAAUAGUAUUAUGGUCAUAGCUCACUUAAACGACUCAGCUCCCACUAUUCUAAUAUGGGCUUAAGAUAUUAAUUUAUAAAUACAUGCUAUGGCAGUCUGAAGGGUACCAGCUCUGCUAAUUUAUACCAUAUAUUUACAUGAAGUAUAUCUAAAGAGCAACUUAACAGGCCGAUAUUGAAUUGAUUCUCUUUGACCGAAGUCGUUUAUGUGGGCUAUGAAGUUUAAAACGUGCGUACACAGAGCGUCGGCUUUGUCUAUUUAAACAAGUUUCUAAUAUCGAAACUCACGAACGCACCUCCAACAAGGCAGCAAUAAAAUCCGACUUAAGUCGCAAAAAAUACUUCCCAGAAAAUAUACUCAUCUGUGUAACUUGUAUCGAAAAAAAAAUUAAGUUAGUGUCCUCACAUAGCUACAAAAUUUUUACACUAGAGGCGCUAGGAUAGAACAGAAUUCGCCAUGGGUACGCACUUAACAAAAAUGUCGCAUAUACUCAACUAGCCAAGGUCGAAUGAUAUUUCACUGUACAUUAUUAUAGUAAUAGUCGUGAAUGUAUUGAUUGAUAUUUAUGACAUUUUAGUAGUAUUUUAACUUAUCAAUAUGUAUGUCCAAUUUUGGUGUCUGUAUCAAUGAGUUUUAAGCUCCUGACAUUUUAUAGCGAACAUAUUAGGGGUGCCUUGUUUGACUGGGGACCCUGAAAAGUCUAGGUUUUGACACAUACAUCAGUUUUAACCACAUUAAGUUUAUUCCGUCAAUCAACUUUACCUACUGAACUAUAAAAUUUCCUCAAUUAAUGUUAGAUAUUGUGUCAAAAUCAAGUCUUUACCACAAAACAAACUGAAACGUGUUGCUGUCUAUGUAUUACUUUCUACUGCAUUUAUAUAAUGUAUAAAGUUAGUGAUUUUAAAUAGUAAUAUGAUAAUCAUCAAUGAUAUUAAUAUGUAAUGUAUUCAACGAAUGACCAGUUAAUUGAUUCUAGCACAUUUGAAUGGAGUUUUGAAGUAAGAGAUAGAGAGGGAAGUGUGAAUAUGAGCUUAGGCAUGGAAUAAGUCAUAUGUGCUGGAAUUCAGUCCUAAAUAUGAACCUAGGCUCAUAAUAAGGUUGUGAUUGUUUGAACAUAGGUUUGUUAAAAGAAGUGCCUCUGACUCGAUAACUACUACCCUCCAAUUUAAUCUACUUCAUCAAAUAUUUUAUUUGUAUGUACAAAAUCAACGCGCUUUCCUGUUCCUUCUAAUUUUCACUGCAAUUUGAUUUAUGUUUCUUGUCUUCUUGCUUCUUAUUUGAUUAAUGUAAAUAUUUUGUUAUUAUUUAGUGACGACGUUUGAUCUCACAACACUAUGAACCACGGAGGGUGUAUAUACUACGUAAUUUUGGAGCAACUACGAAGGAAAUGUGUACUAGUGUAUUAAAUCUUGACACAUAUUUGUCGAACGUAUUAAUUGACCUGACAGUCUAAACUGAAUGGUUGAAAUAAUCUUUGCCAGUUAUAAUUUAUGGCGAUAAUCUUACUGAUGUUUCUUAUGUCUAAGUAUGAAUAGAAAAUUAAUGUCCUAUACAGUAAUAGCUCGUAAUUUUGGCGACUAGAAAACUGUAGAGUUUAGAUUGAGACUCAGUCCCAUAAU